CUCCAGCAGAACCACCCGUGAGCUAGGUCGAGCGGAGCCAAAGCCCCCGGUGCUUUGUCGCGGGUUCGCUCGCUUGCUAGCUGUCUCGAUCACUCCCUCCCUGCUACCCUCCCUUCCUCCCGGCGGCCGCGGCGACGCUGGAGAAGCGGCAAAGAGGAGUGGCCCCGCGCUGGAAGAAUGCUGCUCUGCCGAGGGGGCCGAACCCGACCCAGUCUCCCCACGGUUUAAGCCGCAGGAGCCAAGCCCAAGUGACCCAGCCGCCAGUGUUGUGGAUCCUGCACCUGAACCGCUGGAGGCGCUGACUGAUUCGCCCAGCGGAGCCUCCGGGCUUCGACAUGCUGGAGGAGCCCGGGUCUCGGCCUCCGCCCUUGGGCCUCGCGGGUCUCCUGUUGUUGGCCUUGUUGAGUCGGGCUCUAAGCAAUGAGAUUCUGGGCCUAAAACUUCCCGGUGAGCCGCCGCUGACGGCCAACACGGUGUGCUUGACCCUGUCGGGCCUGAGUAAGCGGCAGCUGGGCCUGUGCCUGCGCAGCCCCGACGUGACGGCGUCGGCGCUCCAAGGGCUGCACAUCGCAGUUCACGAGUGUCAGCAUCAGCUGCGUGACCAGCGCUGGAACUGCUCGGCCCUGGAGGGCGGCGGCCGGCUGCCGCACCACAGCGCCAUCCUCAAGCGCGGUUUCCGGGAGAGCGCUUUCUCCUUCUCCAUGCUGGCUGCUGGGGUCAUGCAUGCUGUCGCUACAGCCUGCAGCUUGGGCAAGCUGGUGAGCUGUGGCUGUGGCUGGAAAGGCAGUGGUGAGCAGGACAGGCUCCGGGCCAAGCUGCUGCAGCUUCAGACACUGUCUCGAGGCAAGAGUUUUCCACACUCCCAGCCCAGCCCUAUCCCUGGCUCAGGCCCCAGCCCUGGCCCCCAGGACACGUGGGAAUGGGGUGGCUGUAACCACGACAUGGACUUUGGAGAGAAGUUCUCUCGGGAUUUCUUGGAUUCCAGAGAAGCUCCCCGGGACAUCCAGGCGAGAAUGAGAAUCCACAACAACAGGGUAGGACGCCAGGUGGUAACCGAGAACCUGAAGCGGAAGUGCAAGUGCCAUGGCACGUCAGGCAGCUGCCAAUUCAAGACUUGUUGGAGGGCAGCUCCAGAGUUCCGGGCCAUCGGGGCAGCGUUGCGGGAGCGGUUGGGCAGAGCCAUCUUCAUCGAUACCCACAACCGCAAUUCUGGAGCCUUCCAGCCCCGCUUGCGUCCCCGGCGCCUCUCAGGAGAGCUGGUCUACUUCGAGAAGUCUCCAGACUUCUGUGAGCGAGACCCGACUGUGGGCUCACCAGGCACCAGAGGCAGGGCUUGCAACAAGACCAGCCGCCUGUUGGAUGGCUGCGGCAGCCUGUGCUGUGGCCGUGGGCACAAUGUGCUCCGGCAGACCCGAGUGGAGCGCUGUCACUGCCGUUUCCACUGGUGCUGCUACGUGCUGUGUGAGGAAUGCAAGGUCACAGAGUGGGUCAAUGUGUGUAAGUGACGUGAGCCGCACCUCGCACCUCGGGACUAAGGAAGAACACUGUGUGGUGGGCACUCCUUUUCAAACCUUUUGCUCUGAUUUCUGUCCAGGGUUAAUCAUGGCCCCUGGAAGCUCAAAGCAUCUACCUGGAAACAGCUUUGGGGGAGUAGGAUCAGGUGAAAUCUGUGAUGAACAGCCUUUUGCGGGGGAAGUGGUCACCAUAUUUUGUUCUUGAACACCCGAAUGGACUAAGAUGCAAUGCACUGUAUUGUUCCCCUCUUCUCAACCUCUGGGGUCUCUUGGGCCCAGAUUUAUACUCCUUUAGAUAGGGAGGCUAUCAUCUGACCACUCCUCUUCCUUGAGGGACACCACCAGGCAUUGUGUGGAGUCAUUAAGACCUGUAUAUAGAAAGAGACCACCCCUUCCUAUUUGUGGUUCUCAAACUCCUCCACUACAAACCAGAACCUCCUCCUCUUGUGGGGCCACGCGUGACAAUAAGGAGAUGUUUUCGGUUGCAAAAGGAUAGAAGACUUCGGGAACGCUCCUCCUAGUCCUCAGACAGCUGUCUGUCCAGGCUCUUAGGGGAUCGCUCUCCUUCCAGUGGUUGAAAGGGUCCCUCCAAAGGAAAGGUCUUCGCUAUGACCCGCACUGGCUUCUCCCUUCUUCAGCAGGAAGGGUGGGAAUGGAUAAUUUAUUGUACUGAGACAUGUUCUUGGUUCCUGUUUGAAACGAAAAUAAAUUAAGUUGCUGGACU